AUGAAAUUUUCCAUCUUAUUAAUGCUUUUUCUUUUCGGUAUCCUUCUAACCUUUGCUUAUGCAAACUCAAGUGAAAGAUGCACUAAAUUAGCUAAUACUUUCUUUCAACAAUGUAAAACAAUGAGUGAAUACACAGUUUAUUAA